CGCGUGGUUACCCGGGAUUUGAGUAUUUAAUACUGGGGAAAUAUUGUUUGAACGUUUGCUUUUUUUCGCACACUGAGCAGCAGUGUUCAGACUGCGUCUCUACCCUCUAAGUGGCAGCUGCUAACGUACCUGGCGUUCCAUCGCUACACAGACAGCAUGGUGAUUAAAGUCUUCAUCGCAUCCUCCUCCGGUUCCAAAGCGAUUAAGAAGCAGCAACAGGAGGUAUUGGACUACCUACAGGCAAACAAAAUUGAGUUUGAAAGAUGUGACAUUGCAAUCAGUGACGAAAGCAAAAUGUUUAUGAGGGAGAAUGUUCCAGAGAACUGCCGACCUAUAGGUGGAAACCCACUUCCACCUCAGAUCUUCAAUAAUGACCAUUAUUGUGGGAACUUUGAAGCAUUUUUCGAUGCCAGAGAGAACAAUGCUGUCUAUGCAUUUCUAGGCCUGACGGCGCCACCUGGAUCAAAGGAAGCUGAAGCCCUUGCAAAACAAGAAUCUUAAACUCCAAUUUCAUCGCAUCAAGUAUUAUCAGCAAACCAGACUAUUCUAGUGUGAGCAAAAUAUGAUUUAGGAUUGUGUAGAAUUUAUUGGGGAGGACCAUGUGGGAUUUAAAGAAGCCUCUCUUGCUUAGUUAAAACACCCAGAUUUUAUUAGUAACCAGUAACUGGGUGACAAUGGACCACCGGGUUUAAAUGAAGCGUGUAUUGAAUAUAAUUACUUUUUUUAAUAGUUUAUUUGAGCUUAUUUUUCUACUUGGUCAUCUGAUUUAAGCAGACACCCAAAAUGUUAUCAAAAGAAAAGUUGUAGUAAACAUUUCUUCACCUUGCAUUUUUUGUGUUCUUUCCAACUUUUAUACUUUUAAUUCUGAUGGUCCUACAAAACAAGCUCUCUUGAGGCUGAAGUUUGAGCAUUGAGUUAAUUUCACUAAUUCUACAGUUUUCCACUCUCUCACUUCUGGUCUCUAUCCACUUCAACUCUUUAUGUCAUGCAUAGGGAGUUUGUUUUUUUGUUCCUACUGUCUUGUGCUGGUCUCCUUGGAAUCCAAUUCCUGAACCAAAGGACAAAUCAGAUAAAUGUGCCAUAUUACCUUGUUCAUUUAAUGGAGAUUGUAUUGUUAUUUCAGGUUUUUAACAAUGAUCAAAUUGAAGUGCCUGGAGAAAGACUGUGAACCUGACUUGUAAUAAUGCUAGAUUAAACACAGUUAAACUGAAUCCCCUUGUUUUUGGCACAUUUAUUCUGCUCUAAUGUAAAAGCUUGCUUUGGAUUUUUAGGGCAGCAUUGCCUCUGAGUCUGAUUUUAGAUGAGGCAGAUGACACAGACUGUAUCUAGCGUUUCUUUUUCAAAUCCUCAUUCUUUUGCAUUUAAAGUAUAAUAAAGUCAAUUUAAAUUGCAUUUUGAAAUGACAGCAAAUUUUUUUUGUCUUAUUUGGUUAAUGGGACAUCUGAACUGAUUACUAUAGUGUUAAAGAAGAAAAUUCUCUUCCCAAGCUAUCUGAUGUACAACAUUUGCUUGUUCCAGUGGCUCCUGCUAUUUUCCAAGCUGUUUGUUAGCUGAAAAACAUCCAAACUCACACUUUGAUGACAUUGGAAAUUGUUCUUGGAGUGGUUUAAAACGUUCAAAAGUCUUUUCACAAUUGCUGAGAAGGGUGCAACAAUAUUUAACAAUGACUCGCACUCCCUCCCAGCAUAGACACAGGUUAUUUUUGCAAUAUCUCUGAUCUCAGAUUCCAAGUUAUCUUCAGCUACAUCUUGAGGUCAAGCGACAUGUAUGCUUGCUUUAAAAAUGACAGGAAAGAUAGAGCAUAUUCUUCAUCCCAAUAUAGUUCCCACCAUUUACAACAGGCACAUUUUUGUUGCCAACAUCAGGUAUCUAGAAAUCCAAAAUAUCAGAAGAAACUAGGAUUUCCUGCCCACUGUGGCCCGAGGGAGAGCUGCUCUAAUUGGGAGAUCUUUGUCUCCACAGCCAGAUAUAAUGUAAAAUAAUUGGCCCAUUUUCUUCAAAGUUUUCUGUAUACUUGCUACCUGUCCCCAGAAAUAAUUCCUGUUAGUGGUAAUAUCUGUGUUGGUCUGUAAGAAUGGUGCUAACCAUGGGCAUCUUUGUCCUCAGAGAAAUGAAACAAAACGCUUAUCAUUGAAUCCCUACAAGGUAGAAGAAGGCUGUUUUGCCCAUCGAGUCCACACCACACCUCCGAGGAGCAUCCCGCCCAGACCCAUCCCUGCGUUUUCCAUGGUUAAUCUACCUAGCUUGCACACUACGAGCAAUUGAACAUGACCAGUCCUCCUAACCAGUGCAGCACGGGACUGUGUGAGGAAACCAGGAGCACCUGGUUCAAACCUAUACAGAUACAGGGGGAACAUGCAGACCCUGACACAGACAGUCACCUGAGGUUUGGGAUUGACUCGGCUCCCUGGUGCUGUGAGGCAGCAAUACUAACCACUGAGUCACCGUGUCACCUCACUUAUAACCCACUUGUUUUGCUGCACAAAAUAAGCUGAGAGUUAGAUAGAACACGUACCACUUAUAACAACAGAAAUAAGCAUUCAGUCUAACAUGCCUAUGCCAGUGUUUAUGCUUUUCACUGCCACCUUGUGCCAUGCCAUUCUGUCAAUACACCCUUUUAUUCCUUUCUUCUUCAACCAGCUAGUUUCCCCUUAAAUUCAAAUGUGCUAUUCUGAUACUACUUAGUGCCAUAGCCUAAGCAUUCAUGAAAAAAUACCAGAGCAUUCAAAACACUGAAAAAUGACUUUGAAAAUGAUGUUAACACCUAUUGUAGAGAAUGACUCUCACUUUGAUGACCGAUAUAUGUGAUUGUCAGUUUUAAAAACGAAUGUUUUUACAGUGUUGGGGAUUUAAGGGAGGCAAAGAAUGGAAAUCACACACAGAUUCUGCACUUGUGAGCUUGACUUGUUGGGCAACAUCCUUAAAGCCCUCCCCUAAUCUGAGAAGUGGCUGCAGAUUUCUAUUGCACCAUGAUUGCAGAAGUGCCAUCAUGCCGUGCUGUGCCAGUUUUGAUGAAAGCUUUGGAAAAUGCCAAUGUUGUCACUGUGGGCUUCCCAUUGACUUGUGGGACACAUUGCAGCAUUUGUGUUUGAGAAAUAUUUUAAAAAGUAGAACAUGCCUCUUGAUUUGGCAUCGUCUUUGGAGAAAAAGAAUCAGAGUUGAUGCUUCGGGUGCAGUGACCCUUCCUCAGUUUUGUGGAAUGUUCACCGGACCUGAAACGUUAACCCUGUUUUUUUCCUCACAGAUGUUGCUGAGCUUUUCCAGCAACUUUUGUUUUUGUUCCUGAUUUACAGUAUCCACAGUUCUUUUGGUUUUCAUGUCUCUUGAUUUCUUGGAUUUGCUGUUAAGAUGUAUGUUAAGAAAAUAAAAAUAAAAUUAAUAGACAUUAGAUUAA